CCCGCCUUGGCGCUGAGGGGGCAAGAGGAAGGCGGCCGGGGGCGGCCGGGGGCGGCCGGGCUCGAAUAUCAGAGAGGAGUGAGUUUCCUGCCUUGUGUGACCUGCAGCCAAAGUCCUCCUUAUUGGUUGAGGGAUACUAAUCCCAGCAAUUUGCCUGACCGUAGAGAUGACUCCUGCUGACACACUAGAUGAUGAAAAUACCUUUAAAAUCUUAGUCGCAACAGAUAUUCACCUUGGGUAUAUGGAAAAGGAUGCAGUCCGAGGAAACGAUACAUUCGCCACGUUGGAUGAAAUUCUGAAAUUAGCUCAAGAAAAUGAAGUGGAUUUUAUUUUAUUAGGAGGCGACCUUUUUCAUGAAAACAAACCUUCAAGAAAGUCGUUACACACCUGCCUUGAACUUUUAAGAAAAUACUGCAUGGGCGACCGUCCUAUUCAAUUUGAAAUUGUCAGUGACCAGUCGGUCAACUUUGGUUUUAGUAAGUUUCCUUGGGUGAACUACCAGGAUGGCAAUCUCAACAUCUCUAUUCCGGUUUUUAGUGUUCACGGCAAUCAUGAUGAUCCCACAGGGGCCGACGCACUCUGCGCUUUGGACAUUUUGAGUUGUGCAGGACUGGUGAAUCACUUUGGACGGUCAAUGUCUGUGGAGAAGAUAGAUAUCAGUCCCGUUUUGCUUCACAAAGGCCGCACAAAAAUUGCUCUCUAUGGGUUAGGUUCCAUUCCAGAUGAAAGACUCUAUCGUAUGUUUGUCAAUAAGCAAGUUACAAUGUUGAGACCAAAGGAAGAUGAAAACAGUUGGUUUAAUUUGUUCGUGAUUCAUCAGAACAGGAGUAAGCAUGGAGCCACCAACUACAUUCCCGAACAGUUUUUGGAUGACUUCAUUGAUCUUGUCAUCUGGGGACACGAACAUGAAUGUAAAAUAGCCCCCACCAAAAACGAGCAGCAGCUCUUCUACGUAUCUCAGCCGGGAAGCUCAGUGGUUACCUCUCUGUCCCCAGGAGAGGCUGUAAAGAAGCAUGUUGGUUUGUUGCGUAUUAAAGGGAAAAAAAUGAACAUGCAGAAAAUCCCGCUCCAGACCGUACGCCAAUUCUUCAUGGACGACGUUGUUCUUGCUAAUCAUCCAGACAUCUUUAAUCCAGAUAAUCCUAAAGUAUCACAAGCAAUACAAAACUUCUGUUUGGAGAAGGUUGAAGAAAUGCUUGACAAAGCUGAAAGAGAACGUCUUGGAAAUCCACAACGACCGGAAAAGCCCCUCAUCCGAUUACGAGUUGACUAUAGUGGAGGUUUCGAACCUUUCAGUGUUCUUCGCUUCAGUCAGAAGUUUGUAGACCGGAUAGCUAAUCCAAAAGAUAUUAUACAUUUUUUCAGACAUAGAGAACAGAAGGAAAAAACAGACGAGGACAUUAAUUUUGGCAAAUUCAUCAGAAAACCUGCUUCGGAAGGAAUGACUUUAAGAGUCGAAGACCUUGUGAAACAGUAUUUUCAGACCGCAGAAAAGAAUGUGCAACUUUCGCUCCUGACGGAAAGAGGAAUGGGAGAGGCAGUACAAGAAUUUGUGGACAAAGAAGAGAAGGAUGCCAUAGAGGAGCUGGUGAAGUAUCAGUUGGAAAAAACUCAGCGGUUUCUUAAGGAACGUCACAUCGAUGCGGUAGAAGACAAAAUCGACGAAGAGGUACGUCGCUUUAGAGAGACCAGAAGAGAGAAUUCUGCUGAAGAGGAGGAUGAAGUGCGAGAGGCGAUGAACAGGGCCAGAGCCCACAGAUCUCAAUUUGAAGACUCUGCUUCCGUCUUCAGCGCUGACGACCUCAUGAGCAUCGAGUUAGCAGAACAGAUGGCCAACGAUUCCGAUGACAGCAUCUCAGCAAUGUCAACCAAAGGGAGAGGCCGAGGAAGAGGCAGCAGAGCAAGAGGCGCUCGGGGGCAGAGCUCAGCCGCCAGAGGAGGGGCUCGAAGAGGAAGAGGAAGCAGUUGUCAAGAGUCACCUAAUCGUAGCAGAAGUUCGAAGGCUUCAGUAUCUACCCCAACUAAAAAUAUGUCUAUCAUGGAUGCUUUUAAAUCUACAAGACAACAGCCCACCCGAAACGUAGCUACUAAGAAUUACUCAGAGGUGAUUGUGGAUGAUGAUUCUGACAUGGAAGACGAUCUUUUUCCAGCUUCUUCCAAGGUAGAUCAAAGGUUGUCCAGCAAAAGAGGCUCUCAGAGCCAGAAUACGAAGGGAGUUGACUUUGAGUCAGAUGAGGAGGAUGAUGAUCCAUUUAAGAACAUUAGUUCUUUUGGAAGAAAUCCAAGAUAAUUAUUGUUCGUUUUUUGAAUAUAAUUAUCUGAAAAAUAUUUAGGAUUCAUGAAACAAUUAGAAACAUUACACAAAAUGUAUUAUUAAGUACUUUUUCUUUGGAAUGGUUCAUUUUUUGUCAGAUUUCCUUUUAAAGAUAUCUGCCAUGUUCCAGUUAACUGCGGUCGAAUACCCUAAGGUAAAUGUGUGAUUACUAAACUCAAAGAUAAAAGUCAAAAAUAGUAUCCUCUGAAAACGUUGGGGAGAUCUUAAUUUGUUAAACUUUGCAAAUCUUUGAGCUCCAGGGCACAUUGAGCAUCAUCAUUCCUGUCAUACUUUGUGGCUGCUAAUUUUACGUGGAAAUGCUCUAAAGUAACAUUUAGAAUACGAUAAAAAAAAAUUUCCUUGUCAAUCAUUAUAAAUCACUGUUGGAGUGAGAGCCCCCUUACUGAAGUGUUAGUUCAGAGUAAAAAGGAUAAAAAAACAUACAAAAUUCAUUGGCAUGCCGUUAUGCAUACUAUUUAGGCUUGUAGUAAAAGGAGCCGGUUUUUACCAUGGUCUGGAAAAAUAAAAAACGGCCUCGAAAAUGCCUCUUCUCCCUAAUUUUUAUUGUUUACUCAAGUCCUAGGCUUCCUCCUAAUUAGACCAAGUAAGCAAAACCAUCCCAGUUACACCAUUAGCACAGAUUUAUUUCUUUACUUAGUGGCUGUUCUCAGCGGUGACUAUGCCACUGACGCUUUCUAUGUUAGAUCGUUUACAUUUAAUUCUAGCCACCCAGAAGUGGAACUCCCAACUCAAUCAGAAGAGAAUUAUGGUAGGAAUUUGACAUACAUUUCAGAAGUGAAGAUUUUAAAGGACUGUGUUCUUUUGGAGUGUUCAUUCCCUGAAUCUCCCCCAACUUCCGUUUCCAACCCCUUGUCUGCUUGCCUUGAAAUUUGCCCUCAAAUAGCUGCCUUACUUGUGUAUUUGUCUAUUAAAGAAAUGACUUUUAUUUUUUAAAAAUCCUUAAGGAAAAAAAUGGGAAGUCUUUUGUUUAUAGCUUCAGCAGUUCGACAGAACUGAGUCAGUAAGUGUCUCAUUUGAAUGUUUUCUAACUGCAGUCAAUGUUGCUAUAAAACUUGCAUUUACAUGCGGCUUUGGAUUGUUUACAUUUGCAUUGGAUUGAAAUAUUUACUUUUUUACUGUGUUCUGAAAUAAAAAUGUUUUUGGACUCUUUCUUAGUCUACUUAAA